GCUUAAUCUAGGUAGUCCGUAGAGUGGCUUAGCUUACGUGUUAAACCUUAUGGAAAACAUGGCAGCAUAAAAACCCGUUGCAGGUGCCUCUCUCAUCCUACGAUUGAUUUCUCACUGCUCUUGAUGUUGAGGUUUUCAAAAGCACCAUUUGUCAUCACAAUACCGAAAUAUCUCACCAACUCUACCCUAUUUCGCAAUGGAACGAACUCAGCAAAUCGAAAUCCUUACAUAUUUGUCCUGGUGGGCUUUCGAGUUGGUUGUCGACCCUGUUUAUGACCACAAUAGACCCUGGAUCAAGGCCGUUGGCUCGAAAGGCUUCUACUUCCAAACCUAUAUUCUACACAUCCCACCCCCAGUUGGCUUUUUUUCUUCCGACGCAUCUUCUAGACAGGGCGCCGAGGCCUGCUUCUUCUUAUGGCUCGCAUGGAUGUGGAUGUCGAUUUUGAUCUUGGUCUUGGUCGACCGUGGAGCUUGGGGGGCCGAGAUUCAGAGGCUGAAGACUGCAGCUGCCUUCGCGUCGAUGCGACGAUUUUUUCCGCGCAAUAGGAAGAUGGACAGCAGACCUUGAUGAUUUUUUUCGCAAGUUGUGAGAUGGAGGUUGCAUGAGAGUUUUAGUCUCUUCGGUAAAGGGAGAGAGGGAGUGAGAAGAUGCAAGCCUGCCUGACUCCUCUUGGUAGAAGGCAAUAGACAUAGUAAUGGGAGUGGUCCUCGUGGCGAUGACACCAGCAAUUCUUCUUCGCAGCCCGGGAUCAACCCGGGCGUGCAAUGAAAAAAAGAUGUGUGUUCUACCC